AUGGAUUCUAACGACAUUGUUUCUUCCUCCUCUUCUAACGAUAUUGAGGCCGUGCAUAAUAAAUUUAAUAAUAGUAGUGCUACUGCUGAUUCUGAAAGUGAUAAAAAAAAGUCAGUCAAUAAUAACCAUAUUAGUGCUACUGCCAGCAACAGUGGUAAUAAUAUUAUUAGUGAAAUUCUCAACAAUCAUAACGUUAAUAGCUGUAAAUCCGAUAUCAAAACAAUCACAGACCACUGGCAAAACGGACAACAACUAUGGAGUCUUAGCGAAGACUCGAUAUACGCAAAAGAUAGCAAAACAAUAGUGACUGUCGGCCACCCCUCUGUAAAUUCCGUGGUUCCACUAGACCUCCUACGCUACAUUUACCUCCCAGAACAUCCACACUACCGACUCUUCGACUCCGGGACACGAACAAUAUCAUAUCUGAAAGCGCGUUCUUUUGUCCCAGUAAAAUCAUUGAGUCUGUGUGAGAAAAAGCGUAUACUUGUGACAGGCGGCGCAGGAUUUGUCGGCUCACAUUUAGUCGACCGCCUAAUGCUAAUGGGACACGAAGUGACGGUCAUUGAUAAUUUUUUCACCGGGCGAAAGAAUAAUCUUGAUCAUUGGAUUGGACAUCCGAAUUUCGAGUUGAUUCGACAUGAUGUGGUGGAUCCAUACAUGAUUGAGGUUGACCAGAUUUAUCAUUUGGCAUGUCCGGCUUCCCCGCCGCAUUAUCAGUAUAAUCCUAUUAAGACGAUAAAAACUAGUGUGAUGGGGACUAUUAAUAUGUUGGGUCUUGCUAAAAGAGUUAAAGCGCGAUUUCUGUUGACUUCUACAUCCGAAGUUUAUGGUGACCCAGAGGAACAUCCACAACCAGAAACAUAUUGGGGUAAUGUAAAUCCAAUAGGCCCGCGAGCAUGCUACGACGAAGGCAAGCGAGUCGCCGAAACUCUGACAUACGGAUACAUGCAGCAAGACAACGUGGAUGUUCGAGUAGCGCGCAUAUUCAACACAUUUGGACCGCGUAUGAACGAGAACGACGGUCGCGUAGUAAGCAAUUUCAUUAUGCAAGCGUUAAAAGGCGAAAAUUUAACAAUUUAUGGGGAUGGACAACAAACUCGAUCGUUUCAGUAUAUCCACGAUCUGAUCGAUGGUCUUAUACUAUUGAUGAACAACGAUUACAGGGAACCGGUGAAUCUCGGAAAUCCGGACGAGUACACGAUUUUUGAGUUUGCUGAAUUCAUUAAAAAUGAGGUGAACCCGAAAUGCAAGUACACCACGUUACCUGCGACCACUGAUGAUCCAAAGCAGCGGAAACCUGAUAUUUCGCGCGCUUCAGAGUUUUUGGGGUGGAGUCCGCGGUGGUCACUUAAACAGGGUAUCAAUGAAACUGUCCAGUAUUUUCGACAGCAGAUGGCUGCUGGAGUUAUUUGA